AUGGAUUCCUCGUCGCUGAACUCGCCGGAGUUGCAGCGAUUUCUAGAGGUGAUAUAUCCCUUCAUCUUUCCCGAUUCGAUCUUCGUCGUCGUUGUCAUCUUGCGCAUGCGAGAACUAUCCUCUCUUUUCUGUCUUGCUGCCUUCUUUCGGUAUUAAUAGUGUGGGGGAUUGAAAUAGGUUACCGGUAUGUUGUUUCCCUUGGAUUUCUGCGCCUGAAUUACUCGAGUGACGAAAGACCAGCCGGUGACAUGGCUGCUCGCCGGAAGAAUUUCUCUCUCGGGCAUUACAGAGUACAUCCAUGUUACAGAAUCCCGAAAGGUUUCGUGGUUCUAUUUUUCUGUGCACAUUAGAUCUUAAAUUUAAAAGCGAAAAUCCUGCGGUUUGUCUGAAGUUAAAAUGGUCCCCGAGAUCGAACAUUGGUGGUUGAUGCGAUAAGUGUAGUGGUAGGGCAAACGUUUGCUAGGUGUUUUUUUUUUGUGGGAGGAAGAUGGGUUUUCUUUUUGUUUGGCGUGAGGGGGUUCAUCUUUGCGCCGGAGAUGAAGGAUAUCAGCUGUAAAGGUGCAAAGAAAACGUUUGGGAGGAAGAAAAGAAACCCUUCUCUGAAUUUUUCUGUCCCCUUCCGUGUGGGCCAAUUUUUUUUGUCUGAUAUAAAACUUCUCUUGUUUCUAAAAAAAAUGUGUAAAUUUUACUGUUACUAUUAAUUUUCGGUUUUUUGGUUUUUUUAUUACUAGAAUCACGUCUUAUUGUUUGUUGCGUACUUCCUUCCAUGCUGCCGACAGAAAACAAAGCAAUUUAUCGUUGAGAUGUGCGCAUAAUUUUUGAAGCACCAUGAAUGAAUUCAUAUUAGCAUCCAAAAGGUGAUAAUCAAGUAGAUUAUUAAACCGAGUUAGCUGCCUCGAAUCCUAGAUAUUCUGUCUAGGCAGUAGAGGCUGUGUGCCACUUCACCGCACCACCUCUCAGAGAAAUUUAAACGUUGGCAUGUAGAACUAGCAUUUCAUUUACAAAGAAAUGUUGAAUCAUUUAGGUGCUGAUGAGACAUUAUCGAAAAUCCUGGCUAUAUAUAUAUAUUAUUAUUAUUAUUAUUUUUACUGUUUCGUUCAAGGAAAAAUUACAUUUUUGACCGUCAAAUAGACUGCGUCACCAUAGUUCUUGGCUAAAUAUGCUCGAAAGGUUGUUCCCAGACUUUCAUUCUCUUUCCAGAUCAGGGUUUAUGUCGUAGCGUUAUCACUUGGGCGGAAUGGAAAUCGUCUUGGACCAGUCUUGGAAUAUAGGCUCCGAGAAACUUAGAGCUGAAUCCGACUUUAUGAAGGACAACUCUUUGGCACGUUUCUGGUCAAUUUUAAGGUAAAUGCUCAUUGACGGUGUGUGUAAUGUCCCUGGGGAAUGUCUCCAAUGACGAUUCCCAAGAUGUGCCACUUUAGGGAUAAGUGGACCAUCAGGGAUUGCAAAUCGGGAAUGAUCAUAAUCAUAAUGCGGGUCUUAAGACCAGCCAAAGUCAGCUAGGACUCGUGACUAAGAAUGAAUAUUUCAAUCCCCUCUGUCAUCACAUUUAUUAAAUCUUAACCGAUGGUCGGGUAUGUGGAUCUUAUUGUUUUUACGAGUCCAUUGCAAUUAUUAUUAUUAUUAUUAUUGCUGGAAUGUCUGCAAGUAUUGCUUUUGCCUGCCUCUGGCAGCAAGAAACACCAGCACGAGGCCUACAUGAAGAAGAACCGUCCUCGUUUACGGCAAAAUCAUUUAUCCAUUAUGGUUUGAAGAUUGAGAGGCUACUCAUUGACUGUGCAGCAAGAGAAGGAGAAGGCGAUGGUGAGCGAGAUGGUGUCGAAGCUGACGAAUGUCUGCUGGGACAAGUGCAUCACCGGCGCCCCCGGCAGCAAGUUCAGCUCCGGCGAGACCAGCUGCCUGACCAACUGCGCGCAGCGGUACAUGGACAUGAGCAUCAUCAUCAUGAAGCGCUUCCAGUCCAUGCAGUAG